CAAAGUUUCCCUUUGUGGCGUGUUAAUAAGCAUCCCUCGAAACGUCGUCACCCCGUAACGGGAGGGGGCGUAAAGUUGUGCCAGGGGUUGCGGAAGCAUCGGGUUCGCCACUUUCAUCCCGAGCAGAGCUCAAAAGAGAGCUUUUGUGAAUUCUCUUCGCUGUAUGUGCGUGCCGUGUGUUCGUGGCUGCAAUCAUCACCACCACUGCCACUACUACUAGCAAACACAGUGCCCGACAUACCAAAACAAGCCCCUCCGGCGCGUGUAUUAGGCGGUCGCCCGCCGGAGAACGUAUACGCGUUCUGUGUGUGGUGAGUGUUGAACGCAAAAAGAAACGGAAGCUCUCAAACCAGCUGGUUUCUGGCUCGGACCAGUGUUGUGACUCGGACGUAAAGUUACGUGCCGGAAAACGCAAUCGAUUCUCGAGCGUCCCGUGGCGCGGACGGGUUUCCCACCACUCAUCAGCAUCGGUUGACCCGUUCUCAGCUUCAUCUUCACGGGAAAACCACUGUAAAAUGACGUAAUUUAGUGUCGAAUUAUGGUACGAAAUCGUGUCGAAGUGAAGCAGUGCGUCAUGGUCGCAGCAAGGCAUUCCGGAGUGUAACCGUGUGUGACGGAUGUGGGUGAUUGGCGGAUGGUGCGCGUGUGUGUGAAAAGAUCGCAGCAUAAGAGUGCCGCCGUAGCGCCACCGAUUGUAGUGUGUAACAGGCAACGAGAAUCGGUAGCAUUACAAUUAGCUAGUUUAGCAAAACGAAAGGUGUCGAUCGGUGUGCCACCUGCCGGAGCAUAUGCCGCGCCUGGUAGCUUAAUAGUUGCGCGCCCAGGUGGUGUUUGUGAGUGAGCUUUGGGUGUGAAGUGCAGUGGAAAUCGUCCGCGUGAGAUAGUACCGAGUGAAAGCGUGUGCGAGUGCGUGCGUGAAGUGAGAAGCGAGGGUAUUAGUGGCAAGCAUCUUGCAUCGCGUUCGGAAGAUGAAGCAUUCGGCGGUGAUCAUUGCGCACAUUCGACCGAUGGUGGCGUCGUAAUGGUCGCUAGUGAAGUGCGAAAUAGUGCAAUAGUGGCGUUCCGAUACGGUCGUAGCUGUAGCAGUAGCGGGUGGCAGCAAGUAACCUACCUCUCUCUCACUCUCUCUGUCCUACCCUCGUUCCCACCACGCCUAAUCAAAAGCUGUCCAACCCAUCCCCGGGCGCUCCUGUUGUCACCGUGUUUCCCCGGCAGUCGCUGGUCAUGGUUAUCCGAUGUGCAUUCAAUUAAAAUUUAAAUGAGCAUUUGGUGAUGUCAUUACGUUCGGAUGAUAAUGAACAGGAUUAUAUUCGGGGUGUUUCUCAUCCUCACGUGCCGGCCCCCAUCCGCACUGCGGGCCCCACCACCGGACUCGGGGCCCCGUCCGGCAUCGAGGCUGCACGGGGUUGCGGCGGCACCGACGGGUGGCAUCGUAGCCGUCCAGGCGACUCCCCUUGCGCAAGGUCCAGCCUUGGCAUCCGGAGGAGCCGAUUCGGCGAUCAACCCGUUCAUUCGGUACUGGGAACCGGCCCGGUUCGAUCGUGGUUUGCUGGACCUGGCACAUCAGCACCACGAGCAGCAUCGGAGGCGUCGCCGAAGCAUCAACUACGAGCAUGGUUCCGCCGCAUACGGACCAGCCAACGUGGUGCGAUUGAACUUCCGCGCUCAUGAUCGCGAGUUCCGGCUGGUGCUGCGGGAAGACCCGCGUUCGGUAUUUUCCCGGGAUGUCCAGAUCGAGAACACCGAGGGCCCGAUGGACUACGAUCUAUCGCGCAUCUACACCGGCACGGUGGAAGACGAUGAACACUCGCACGUCCACGGUGUGCUGACCAGCGACAACCUAUUCGACGGUACGGUUGUCACGAACCUAGAGCAAUACUACAUCGAACCGGCCGCCCGCUACUCACCGGAACUCGAGCGGCGGCACGGUGUCCAUACUGUGAUCUACAAACUCAGUGACGUGAAAAUUCACCAGAACCACCACGGCCAUCAUCGGCCGCUAAGGGCCGACGCACGGAGCAAUGGCAGCCGGGAGCAGUACCGGUUCCGUAGCGCACCGGUGGACAGCAGUGAGGCUGAAGCGAAACAGCGUCGCACCGGAACUGCGACGCGGAAAACGCGUAGAAAACGACGCUGGCUGGAGGAGGAGGAGGUGAUACAGGAGAGUAGAAACCCAUCGCUGCCACUAGAUCUAGAAGUACCCUAUAACAAUGACUACACGAUAGUGCGCAGUCACGGGAAGGCAACGAACGUUGGCAGCACCGUGGCGACGGGUGGCACUGGUGGUGCUCCCCUUCCCCCCACCCGUACCACCAUCAAUCGAACGGUCAAUCGGGGCAUUAUCGGUGGGACAGGAAUAGACGCACCGACGGUGCGAACUACCGCACCGGCGGUAAACAAUCGCAAGAACCAUUUUCUGUACAACAUCUACAAUCCGCACGGCAGUGGAAGUACCAUCAUCACGGGAGGCGGCAUGGUGAGCGGUAUCGGGGGUACUAGUGGAGCGGAACAGUUCCCGUGGACACGCACGAUCAACAUGACCGGUACGAACCACAACAAGGAUCACUACGUCGAGAUAAUAACGAAAAAUGGAUCGACGCGUAAGAACGUCCCGGUCGCGGAUCAUCCGGACGUGAUGGUGAACGGGAACAUUAACCUGAACGUGCGAAACGAUCUCCACGAUCACCAUCAUCACCAUCAGCAGCAGUUGCUGCAGCAGCAGCAGCAGCAAAAGGAGCAAAAAUCCUUUGCCAACUCGCUGUACGAUCGGAAGAGCACGUGUAUGUUGUAUCUGCAGGCGGACCAUACCUUCUUCCAGAAGAUGGGCUCGGACGAGGCGAGCAUCGAGGCGAUAACGCGGCACGUGCAGCGGGCCAAUCUCAUCUACCGGAAAACAGAUUUCAACGGUGAUGGAAAACCGGAUAACAUUACCUUCAUGAUCAAGCGCAUCAAGGUGCACAACCAGAAUGCGCUGAAGGAUCCACUGUACCGGUUUCCCGGAAACUACGGUGUGGAAAAGUUCCUAGAGCUAUUUUCGGAGGAGGAUUACGACGCGUUUUGCCUGGCGUACAUGUUCACCUAUCGCGACUUCGAGAUGGGCACCCUCGGGCUGGCCUGGACCGGUGACCUUAAGAAUGCUGGUGGCGUUUGUGAGAAGAAUGGGCACUACCGUGGUUCGCUGAAGUCGCUCAACACCGGCAUCGUCACACUGCUCAACUAUGGCAAACACGUCCCACCGGCCGUAUCCCACGUAACGCUGGCGCACGAAAUCGGACACAACUUUGGCUCACCGCACGAUCCGGAACAGUGUACGCCCGGCGGAGAGGACGGUAACUUCAUCAUGUUUGCACGCGCGACGUCCGGCGACAAGCGAAAUAACAACCGCUUCAGUCCGUGCUCGCUGAAAGCCAUCGAACCGGUGCUGAAUGCGAAGGCACGCAGUGCCAAGGGUUGCUUUACCGAACCGCAGGAAGCAAUCUGUGGCAAUGGGGUGGUCGAACCGGGAGAGCAGUGUGACUGUGGUUGGGAGGAGGACUGCAAAGAUUCCUGCUGCUAUCCGAUGUCACGCCAUCCUCGCUUUGACCAGAAACCGUGCACGCUGACACCGAAGGCGCAAUGUAGCCCAUCGCAAGGACCGUGCUGUACGCUCGAGUGUACGCUCAAGCUCGGCGACAAAUGUCGGGACGACAACGGAUGUCGAGAUCCGGCCUACUGCGACGGCCAGAUGCCCGUCUGUCCGCCGUCCAUCAACAAACCGAACAAAACGAUCUGCAACAAGGAGUACGUUUGCUACAUGGGCGAAUGCACCGGAUCCAUCUGUUUGGCGUACGGGCUGGAAAGCUGCCAGUGUGCGGUAGGACCGACCGAUCCCGCCAUCAAGGCGUGCGAGCUGUGCUGCAAGCAACCGGGCGAAGACAAACCCUGCCUCAGCUCGUUCGACUGGAACGAGCCGCCGUACGAUGUGCCGGACAUGUACGCGAAGCCGGGCACACCCUGCAACGACUACAACGGCUACUGUGACGUGGCGCAAAAGUGCCGGGAAGUGGACCCGUCCGGGCCGCUGGCCACGCUGCGGAAGCUGCUCCUGUCCGAGGAAAGCAUCGCGAGCUUCAAGAAGUGGAUUCUCAGCAACUGGUACACCGUCGCGUUGAUCGUGACCGCCGUGCUAGUGCUGCUGGUUCUGAGCGCGAAGCUGCUGGGCAAGCGUACCAAUCUAAAGCUGAAAACGGUCACCAUCAUACACAGCGCCACGACGGAAACGGUGCGCCUGCCGGAGGACAACAACGGUGUCAUAGUGCACACGGCCGUCCGCACGAAGGUGCCGCUCAAAAAGAAGGUGCGCGGCGAACGAACGAAACCGUCGGCCAAGGGCGGCACGAAGGGUUCACCGCCAGCAGCUCCGACCGCCGCGACCGCAGCAGUGCCAAAGCAGCUGCUGACCACAGUGAACGGAGCGACCACAACCACCACCGCCGUGCUACCGUCCACUUCGAAGGAGCUGCAGCAGCGCCAGCAAGCGUCCGGCACGGGCGGCCCACCGGUCCCGACCAGUGGCGCCAAUCCAGCCACCAUAGUCAUUAAGCAGGUGAAGCGGCACGUUGGCCGUACCACGACCACCACCACCACCGCCAUCUCGGACAGUCCGAAAAAGUUGCUCCGGAAGAAGAAGAAGCGUUCGACGACCGCGCCCGGUGGCCCGUCGGACGAAUCGCCCGUCAAGGAGCCGGUAAAGCAGCAGCAGCUGAAGAAACACAAGAAACCGAAAUCCAAGCAUAAAGAGGUGAUCGAUUACUCGAGCCGAAAUGCGACCGAUGCGCACAGUCACAGCAACACGUUCGGCAAGGUGCAUCGCUGGUUGCUGGAGUCACCGAUCGUAGCCAGCCAACCGCCGGGGUACGAGCAUGCGUCCGCCGUCUCGAACAUCCUCAGCAAAAGUCAAUCCACUCCGGACCACCUCACACAGGGUCAGCAGACGGGUGCGGCGCCGAUGGCACCAACGGCAGCCACUCGGUCACCGAAGAAGACGCGCGUGAAAACCAAGUCCGUCGGCAAUCUGAACGAGAAGGUUCGGCUGCAAGUUGUCUACAAACCUCCGUUCAAGUUUAGCUUGAAGCUCUCGAAAACGGACCCAUCGGCAGUGUCGGGCGUCAAGACGCACGUUGUGCCGGGUGCGGCCGGAGCGAAGCGCAAAAGUCGUCCACUCACCGACCGAAAGCGGGUAGGUCCGGGUGCGGGGGCUGGAGUGGAAGAACAGAAUCCACCUCCCCGUAAACGGUCGGCGAUUCUCGUCCGUCAGCCGGUGCCAGUAGCGGAGGAGAAGAUGCCAAUCAUCGGCCAUCCGAACGCGUCCGAACCGAACUACGAAACGCUCAAUCCACGCAACGGACUUCCGGGUGAGGAUGCUCUCGACGACGAUGGGUCCCACACGUACGAGAACGUCACGUUCGGGUCUGGUGACGAACCGGAGCUGCUGUCCACAUCCCAACAGCAGCCCAAUGUGCCAUCGAUCAAUACGGCCACGUUCCGGAUUAGUCGGAGCGCGAGCGGGACACGGCUCCAGAACCCACUGGCCAAGAGCUCUACCCAACCGUUCGGUGUUGGUGGAUCACGGGGCGAUCCACAGCGUGGCAGUACGUCCAAUCUAGUGUCCCCAGCCCAUGGUCACCAUAGCAACAGUGGUGGACGUGAGCGACAGCGGCGGUCCAGCGUGCAUAACAGCUCCACCAGUGCGUUCCGUGGUGCGUUCGGUGGUGACAGUACGGAGUGUUUAAUACGAUCCAGCACGACAAAUCUGGCCAAACCGAGCCACAGCAGUGGGAAGCGCAACAGCUUCGCGGACAAGAAACGUUCCAGCUCAACUAACCUUAGCAGACAUCAGUCGGGUUCGGCGUCUAACCUGCAUUCCCUCAAACGGCACGGUUCUUCGAGCCAAAUGCUGCCCCAGCCGGAACCGAACGGGGGCGGUAGUCGACGGAACAGUAUCACCCAACCGACAAAACUGUCCCGAUCGGCUUCGAAUGGACCAACGGCGGGACGACAUUCCGGUAGCGGUGGCAACGGAACACUCGGCAGCAAUAACUCGGCCAACUCUAGCAACGGUAGCCAUGGACACGGGUCUCAUUCGCAUCACCAUCACCAUCAUCACCAUCACCACAGUCAGCAUCAGCGGCGCAGCAGUGUGGGAACGUCCGGUAAAGCGGUACAGCCGUCGCUGAUGUUGGGUCAAGCGCAGCAGCAGUCUGGGCCGGGCCUAGCACGACAAACAUCGCUGAACGUGAAAACGAACGCAACCGGGCAUGCGCACGGUGGUCGACCACAUACGGCAGCGUGCGCAGAUGAUCCGAAAGCUCAACGAGCUCCGUUCGAAUGGCCGAUGGUACCAAGUGGUGGAGGUGGUGGUGUUGGUGGAGGAGGAGGCCGACGCCCUCUCGACGAACCACUCCCAUCCGAUCUGGAAGUGAUGGUUUCGGACGUGGAGAAUCUGGUCAGUGAUAGAUAACAAAGUUUUCCAAACGAUUAGAGUGCGCGAGCGAGAGAGAGAGAGAGAACGAGAGAAAAGUGAUAUGAACAGUAGAAAGGUAAAAAAGUAUUAGUAGGCGCUGAUGAACUGGAAUCGAGCAAUCUAGCUAAAUUAUUGUCAAUCCCGAAACGUGUGUAUAUCCGACGACAAUGAUGGUGAUGAAGCUGUUGCGUUCCCCCCUCCUAUGGCUUGUAUUUUAAAAACCCUUUAACGCUAGUUCCAUUUUCAUCUCUCCUCCAGCAAUCAUUAUGGUGCGAGUUGUGAAUAGAAAAGAAAAAGAAAAACACGAGGUGAAAUAUUUAUACUACAUGAAACUGCUCGAAAACUGCUCGAGCCACGUGUUUCGGCGCUGAUGGAGACGCCUGGUGUUUGAUGAAAGCUCGAAUCAAAACACUCUUAAACGAAUCAAAAUGAAACCGACAGUUUAUCACCAUCAUUAUUGUCAUGAAGGGAGGGAAGCAUCAGCCAGAAACAGAAGAACAAACAACAGAAACAAACCAAUCAAGGUCAGUAGGGGUGUAGAAUCGCUGGACAGUUUGUGUGGGAUGAUGCCCGCCAUGUGGACUGACGAAUUUUAUCACUCGACUCGGGUUUAAAGUUUUACGUUUGUAAUCCGUGCCAAUUAGCAAUUCUCCGCGAAAACAAAACAAACAAACACGACGCUACUCGAUGUUGCUGCUGUUCAAAUGAUGUUACGCUACGUUAAGAGACUACACAUUCGCUGCCCAAUCAUUCCUAUCGGCACGACCAGUUUAUGGUAAAAGCGGGAUGUUAACACACACACUCUCACACACACACACGCAUGCCUCCUAUUACGCCUUGAAUGUAUGUGUGUGGUUUUAGUUUUGGGUGGCAUUCCUCCCGGCACAACGCGGUGCCCCUCACAUAAUAGUUGCGAGUGUCUAUUUUCUGCAAAAGGCUGAUUGAAGGAAAACGGAAAACCCUCCACUUUGUAACACACCCGCUCUAUUCCUAACCGCCUGACGCACUCUUCCCCUGUCCCAGACCAAGCUAACCGAUACACCUGUACGAUCAUAUCACUAGAACAAUUUUGCGAAAGCGAACCGUAUUUUUCGAAGAGGCUCGCACCGCACCGUCUCUAUUUUUUGGGCUCUAUUUUGGUCAUUCGGUUACUGCUGCUCACGCAUGCAAACGAGAAGGGAAGUGUUUAACGAGUAGCAUUUAGUCUGCCAAAUCGUUCAUCGAUCGUUCACAAACCAACCGUCAUCCGUAUAGUAAUCGUUUGCAAAACACCAAAACAUCAUUCCAUGUGUUAUUACAAUACAAACCGAUAGAAAAACACAACCAAGCAGUUAGUGAGCAAGCAAACAAACAAUCGUCCUGAGCACCCUGACAUUCCGAUUAGCUAGUGUCGCCAUAUUGCAUUACCGGAAGUGGCAAGUGGGAAGCGCUUCACUUCCACAACGCUGCCGAUAUUACCGAGCGAACCGGAAGCGGGUUACGAGAGCAAUUUGUAAAUAGACGCAGAUAAAGAUAACAGCAGUUGGGGGAGUGGGUCCUUUUCGGUGGGGCAGUGACCCGUGUAGGUGUAUUUAAGAAGACGAUCGCUUUCUGUGUGUAAACAAUUAACUGUGCUGAGAACUGGAGAACAAACAGGUUUGACACCUCGCUCUCCCGUCCAAAUCUCCCCAUUAACGCAUUACCCAUCACCUCCUAAAACACACACAAACACAAGCGAGAAUAAAUAUUACUAGCGUAGUAAGGGUAUGAGAAAGGAUAAUCGCUGCUAGAUAUGGAGUGGCAGGAAGCACAGGAGCAGAAAGAGGGGAGAGUAAAACUAAUAAGAAACUAAACAUAUAAGAUAAAUGUGAUUCUAAUCUUAUAGAAACUCAUAGGCUUAAGGUAGGCAAGAGAACGACAUCACUAACAAAACGCAAGAAACGGCGAAACCCAGAAGCGUUAAGCGAGGAGCGAGAAAAUUGAAGCGAAAUAAAAACAACAACAAACAAACUGAAAAAUAUACAAAAGAUA